AGAUAGAUGCAUCCUAUCAUAACUCAAAAUUUUUUAAAAAAUUUUAUUUUUAUUUUUUAUCUUCAUUAAUAUGUUCAAUUUUUACUUUCAUUGUUAGGUUGGCAAACAAAAGGGAAAUUUCGCGAAAAAAUGGGAGAAGAAGAAAGAAGGGACUUAAUUGAAAAGAUGAAAACCUCCACCUCCCUCUGCACCGAACCAGCUCCCUCUCCCCUCUGCACCGAACCAGCUCCCUCUCCCCUCUGCACCGAACCAGCUCCUCUGCUGCUGCACCGAACCCAGUUCGCCUGCACUCAUCACCGGCAAUCAUACACCCUACACCCCCCCUUGCACACCUGCCCGCAAUCAUACCGCCCUGCUCCCUGUUCUGCGCCUGACCUGCCUCCUGCGCCCAAAUCCCAUGCCUUCUGCGCCAAAUCCCCUGCCCCUUUCUGCACCCGAAUCGCCUGCACUCUGCACCAGCCAUCACCGGCAAUCAUGCCCUGCAUGCCCGAGCCAUCAUACCCCCCCUACGCCCCUUUGCUGCACCGAGCCCUGCCCUUGCAGCGCGGCCUUGCUUCCUGCACCAGCCUUGCUCUGCGCCCAAUUCCUUGCCCCUGCCUUCUGCACACUACAUCCAUACAAAAAAAACAGCCAAUGCCGGACAAAAUUGGCAUUAUUGAUUGACAGAGCAAGGCCCCUGUUUUUUGUUGUUGCAUUUUAUUUUUAUUUUUGUCAUUUUGGGUGUAUAUAUAGAGCAAAAGGCAGAGGUCUGGGGGAGUUUUUUUUAUUUUCCUUUUUCUUGGUUGAUUCUGGUUUUUUUUGGUCUGGAUUUGGGUGUUGCCGGAGGUGGCAGUAAGAGGAAGAGGAACCUGAAUUUCCAGAGCUCACCGAAGGGAUUGUGCAUUCUCUGGUUUCUUUUCUUUCCAUCUUAGGUAAAAAAAAAUCUCUGAAACAGGGAUUCUUUUAGAAGAAAUGGUGAAGGAGAUGAUGGAAGCUUGAUCCCGUGGGUGGGUUCCUUCCAUCAGAUCCAGACCUGUUUUCCUUUAAAGAAUCCGCCGUGCUUGUCUAUUUCUUUUAUCUGUUGAUGAUUCUUUUUUUCUUUGUUUAGGAUGUUAAAUUAGUAUAUGUUUGGUUGGAAUGAAAGCUAUUUAGAGAU